AUGGUGUCGCAACCAGAUCCGACGGCGCAGUAUAGCCUGCAGCAUCGUCGCGGCCACAGCAAGUCAUCUGCUGCCUCUGCUAUCCUUCCACAGCAGAACGGACAUGCAAGCUCGCGCUCGAAGCGAUAUAACCGUUCUCAUGCCGGCGGCGACUCCUACAUUCCUCGCAACGAAUUUCCCGUCUUUACGCAAACCGGCGACGUCGAGAUCAUUGUGAGAGCUGGACCGCUCGAAAACAGAUAUCUGCUUCAUCGAGAAAUUCUUACACGCUGCAGUGGCUUCUUUGAAGCCAGUACCUCGGAAGAAUGGUCCCGCGCCCGUGGUCCGGAUCCAUCCACGAAAUCCAAAGUUCGACAGCUCGCAGCAGGUAACGAAGUUGCCUGUGUGAACCCAAAUGGCUCCGUUUUGAGCCAGGCCGAUUCAACCACUGGUGCUACUCAAAUAGCUACUGUUUCUGUCCCAGGCAAUAGGCGCUGGCGUUAUGAAUUGGAUCCAGGUUGUGGCGAUGACGAUACUCCGAUGCUUGUUCAGAAGGAUCCCGGGAUUGCUGAUAGCAUGCAGCCUGCGCAUCAGUCAAUUUUUGCGACCCCUCGACUAGGGUCCAGCUCCGGCCCUGAGUCUGGACCUUUAAGCAGCUCGCGCCACAGCAAUGCUCAACCACGAGCCCUGCCUCACUCGGCGAAAAGUCAUCGAUCGUCCUUCUCCCAGUCUCUCGCCAAUCUUAGCUUGACAUCGCACACGCGAUCGCGCAGUCGAGGCAAUAACACAGUCAUCGUUGCUAUUCCGGAGGAGGAGGACCUUGUCCGCGAUUACGACAAUCUAUUCCGGAUUUUCUACAAUUACCCGCCUCUUCUUGACGGUGUCAAUGUCGCCGAUGCUUAUAUUCAGUGCAAGCGCCUUCUCAGCAUAGCUGAUCAAUAUGAUGCGCUGGCCGUCGUCGGUCCUCGAGUUGAUCAUCAUUUACUGCAGUUUCAAGCGCGACUGUGGAAGCAAAUUGCCAAGUACCCAGUGUCCUACCUUCGCUUAGGCUAUUUGGCCCGUUCGAAGGUCAUCUUUCAAGAGGCCCUUGUCCACGUAGUCGGCCAAUGGCCUGUUGGCGAGCGCAGUCUGCGGGCGUCCAUGCCCGACUCUGUUCUGGAUCUCAUCGAAGACAAGGUCGAUGAUCUAGAAUUCACUGUCAGCCGCGUGGAACGCCGGUUGUUUCGCCUAACGCUGUUAAAUUCUCACGGCGAGCGUGUCUCGCCGUCAUCAAAUUAUUUGGACUGGCUGACUGUCAGCUUCUUUCGACAAUGGCUCACAGACAACACCUCGCCGCCGCCACCGUCAAAGCGGACAGCUGAUAGCCAAAAAUCCUCGUCAGCUUUAGCGAAUAAGAGUGCGUUUGCGCCUCUUCCUGCGCUUGGUGCUAUUGGCCGUGCAUAUCGCACGCUGGCCGGCAGGUCAACGGCGUAUCUGCCCCAUAGUGAGUGCAAGAAUUUUCUUAAGCAAACUCCCGAACUUUACAGCCGCGACCAUUUGCGACGCUUUGAGAAGCGAUUAGACGAACUCAAGGCCAUGGCGAGAGAGAUCGUUGCCCCUCUUAUGGGGAGCAGUCUGGAGCUGGACCUCGCUGCUGGCACCGCAGGCGGAAAGCCACCAAGUGAUGGAAUACGAUAUCUGACGUGUACCUCGGUACGAGAGAGAGAUUUACCUUGGUCGCUGGGCGACUAG